GGCCAAUGAGAGUCGAAUGCGCUGUGAUUAGCACCUGAUUAGCACGACCCAGGCCAGGACAGAUUUUAAUGCUAGAAUUGUUUUGUUGUCUUGUUCAGUGAGCAGGGAGAGAAGAGGCAUAGGAUUGCAGAAUAUUAAGAGGAUAACUCCACUCCACUUCAUCUCCAUGGAUCUCUCCUUUUCACCCUCUGUUUCUGACACUGUCUGUGUGCUCUGGGGCUGUGAGCUGAAUGACACCCAGAGAAAGGCAGUGUUUGAAAUAGCGGAGGAUUUGUUGGAGCAUCAGUUCUUUAUCCGAACGAUGUGUCUGAGUGCAGAGGCCAGUAAGGAGAUGCAUGUGGUGGAGGUACAGGACAGAGUUGGGGAAUGCUGCAAGCCAGUGCCCAUUGCCACACUUCACCCUAUGUGCCAACCUAUGGUCAGUUUCAGUGGGUUUGAGCUCAUCCCACCUGUCAUCUUCAACCUUCGCUCUGGGCAGGGCCCCCUCUUCAUUUCUGGACAGCAUUUGACAUUGGUCGAGGAGGAGGAGGAGGAGGAGAAGGAGGAGGAUGAGGAGAAGGAGGAGGAGGAGAAGGAGUUCUUCUCAUGAACACCCCCACUUGAUCACAGUGUUCUUCAAUAACAUGAUCAAAUUUGAAGGAAUUCAAUAAAACACAGCACUAAAA